UGUGUGAUGGUACUUCAGCUCUGUUUGGUGCGUGUGCACACUGGACCGUUAUGAAUGUUCACAGCAUGAGCCCCGCCUCUGCACUCGAACGCGUAAACGCGUGCGCGCGCGCGUUCUCUCCCCGCAUUCCGUCCCGGCGCUCCUGUGUGUGUGUCUCACCACGACCAUGUUCACACACAGACAGGAUGACGUCUAAAUGUGAAUCCGAUCUACCGUCGAACCGCUCAGCAGACUCAAUGCUGGGGUCGAACGCGUCCAAACUCGCGUCUGAUCCCAGCGCGAGCGACAGCAACGGGAGCGCGACGUGCGGCUCGGUGUCCGUCGCGUUCCCCAUCACCAUGAUGGUGACCGGCAUGGUGGGCAAUUUCCUGGCCAUCAUACUGGUCUACAGCGCGUACAUGCGUAAAGAGAACAAACGCAAGCAGUCGUUUUUGCUGUGCAUCGGCUCUCUCGCGCUCACGGAUCUGUUUGGACAGCUUCUCACGAGCCCCAUAGUCAUUUCCGUGUACAGAGCGGAGCUGCAGUGGGAGCGCGUCGACGCGUCCGGGACUCUGUGCUCGUUCUUCGGAGUGUGCAUGACCACUUUCGGCUUGUGCUCGCUGUUUUUUGCGAGCGCCAUGGCUGUGGAAAGGGCUCUGGCCAUCACCGCUCCUCACUGGUACUCCAACAGCAUGAAGACCACCGUCACCAAGCACCUGCUCGUCACUAUCUGGUGCCUGGUGCUGUGCUUCGCCCUGCUGCCCAUCAUUGGAGUCGGGAAGUACACUCUGCAGUGGCCGGGUACGUGGUGCUUCAUCAGCACCGGCGACACAAAUGUCAGCGGGAACACGUUUUUCGCCGUGACCUUCGCCGCGCUCGGGAUCUUCUCGCUGCUCGUCACGUUCUCCUGUAACGUGGUGACGAUCCGCGCGCUGGUGGUGCGCUGCAGAGGCAAACCCAGCGCGUCGCAUUGGGAGAGGCUGACCACCGAGACGGUCAUCCAGCUCAUGGGGAUCAUGUGUGUGCUGCUUGUCUGCUGGGCUCCUUUACUGAUCCUAAUGCUGAAGAUGAUCUCCAACCACACGUCUUCUCAUCACUGCAAACCCUCAGCGAUUCCGCACCUGGCCAGCCGGGACUUACAGAUGGAUUGCAACUUCUUCCUCACUGCCAUCCGCCUGGCCUCGCUUAAUCAGAUCCUGGACCCGUGGGUUUACCUGCUCCUCAGGGAGAUCCUGCUGAGGAAGUUCUGCCAGGUGGCCAACGCAGUGUCCAACUGUUCACUGGACGGACAGAAAGAGACUCGGAAAGAAACCGCUGUCGACGACGCGAAGAAUCCGUCCCCGGAGAAUGACGAGUGUAAGAAACUGGCUUCUCCUGAUCUUAGUGGAAGCGCACAAGCCUGACUGCAGUUGUUUAUAGAAGGGUGCUCUUAAGGACGCGGACACCGGGACGUGCCGAUUAAUCUCCUCCUAAUAGACGCUGGCUUUUUUUUUUGGUAUUUCAGCACGAAAGCCGAGCGAGUCCAGCAUGCACUCGACACUCGACGCUUUUAACCGGCUAGAACCGCUCGGCCCUGGAGAUCGUACGUGUCGCUAAAUUAAUUAUCAUCCUGUGAAGCAAAACACCGCAGUCCCAGAUCUGGACCCUGUUCUCCGUACGUCACGUAACGAAUACAAAAUGACAUAUUCCAGAUGUCCUCGUCGUUAUAAUCACACGAGGACGGGAUUAGCGUCGCCGGAUCGAGUGAUCUGAGAUCAGUACAAGCUCCCGUGUCGACUGGAAAUCACCGAUGGCCCCCGAGAGGCUGUUAAAAGACACUUUUGCUAACACUUUCUAUGAAGGUCAUAUGUAGAAUAAACUCUGAACGCGUUCGUAAAUGUCACGUAGCUGCUUUACAGAAAUCGAAGUGUAGGUUUAGAAUUUAUGACCCGUUCCGUUUCGUAGCCGUUACGAUUUGUUAACACGACGCGGUAUGAGUAGCGCUCGUGAGACUGUCGCGCUAAUCACAGUGAAGCCCGACACUACGUUGUGACUUUGUGUAGCGCGUAAAGACACCGGUCGAUUUAUUUAUUUGUUUGUUUAUUUAAGUAAAUGAAUUACACCGCAAGAGAUCUGGGAAAUUCUGCUGAUUCAAUAAACGCCCUUUGUCCGACAUUACUCAUGAACUGCACUGGAUUGAUUCGGUAUCGGUGGUAUAAUGUGUCGCAAACGCUAUUUCGUUCAAUUCCGUUUUUAUUUCCUUAGCACUUUUAACAAAAGGCGCGAUCGUCACGGAGCAGCUUCACAGAAAUCUGUCGGGAUAAUACGGAUUCGGAUCGCUAACGAGGAAGCCUGAGGUAACGGUGACCAGGGCGGAAAAUUCCCGGAACAACACCAGGGAGGAACUCAAAAGGGAACUCGUCCGUUUAUCAAAUAAAUAAAUAAAUAACGAGUACGGUAUACAGGUGAAGAGCAGAAGAGUAGCGCAAGUGUCCGCUCUCUAUUCGUUUAUUCAUGCUCUCAAUUUGCUAUUUGGAAUUCUCUAUGGAAAUCGGUCCGAUUGAUGUUUACUGUUGAGCUGCACAGAUUUAAUUUAACAGAGCAAUUGAGUUAUGGACAAACCUGUAUGAAGGAAUAGAACGAUCCAAAAUAUACACGCGGUAUCAGAUCUUCCGGGACGCAACGGCGAUAUCUCGGUCCAAGAAAACGCGCCCCUGUGCUACAAUCAUUUGAACCUAGGAAGUGCCAUCUCGCGUAUUAAACCGAGCCGUGAGACGGUCGUUCGGCGCGUUAAACCGCGGACGCGUUUUCCUUUAGACGUAAACAUGAACGGACCCUUGCGUCCUUAAAUGUUCCAGCCAGAUUCUUUACUCGCACCGUUCAGGGUUCCGCUUCAGUCGUUUUGUGAUCGUCGCAGGCGAAAACGCUCGAUCCUCCCGCGGCUUUUAUCCAGAUUCGACUGUCGCACGAUGCACGGAGGUAAUAAAAGAUCGUUAGUUUAAAAACCAACAAAAAAACUAGUUUUUAAUCGUUUUUUUUUUUUUAACAUUUAUUUCUGAGAACGACAGAAAGUCUCAAGAGCUACUAAUAAGUUUAGAUGAGUGUACAGUAAUGCUCGCUUAUGCGAUAUUUUCCUCAAAUACAAUAAAAGAGACUUUAAACCCACUUCUAUGUAUGUGGACUCGAUGCAUGAAAGGGUUAAAUAAGGUGUAAAACACUCUGUGUAGUGCUGUUAUUGAUAGUGCUCGACGACAGGAUGGCGUGAUGGCGCAGCGUUACUGUCGCGCUACCAGAUUUGAGAAUUUAUUUUCCCAUCGAGUGAAAUAUUCGCUCGUGUAUUAAGUGAAAACCUCCACGUAUGAAGAACCCGGGCCCGUGUACGGUGAACAGCAAUAUACUGUAUAUUAUUUAAAAAAUAAUAAUAAUUUCUAAUGAAAUUCAUUUGUGGAGUGGACGUAUUCACAUGUAUAAGAGUUUGUGUAUUUCUGCUGAUCGAGACGCGUUAUAUGAGGAAACGUGACCGACGGGCAUCAUGCCCGGCCUCGCCAGAUUCUGUGAGUGUAUGAUAAGCUCGAGUGGCGCUUGGCGUCCUUUUAGGUUUCGAUUCCUUUCCACCUUCUUCCCAUCGUUUUUUUUUUGUUUUUUUUGGCUUCUGAGCGAAAUGAACCGACACGUCUCGCGACCAAAACGUGCGUACCGACGUGCCGUUUGUCCUUGAACCUGUUUUAUUAAAUAUUUAACAUUUGCAAAUAUUACUGAGGAAUUCCAGCACCCUUAUCUGUCCUUGCCACACAGUGCCGUGUCGGAGAACAUCUCGUAUUCGCAGGGUUGCCAGGGUCGCCGUAGUAACGCCAAAUCGGGCUAGUUUAAAAAAAAAAAAAAAAAAAUGGAGGUCGCGGGUUUGAAAAGGCACGACUGUGGGUGGUGUUUUAUUUGGAGCUUGUUCACGUGUUAAAGCACUUCAUUGGAAUUAAAUCUAAUCAAUUUCUGCAAACAAAGAGAAAGUGUAAGUGCAGAUAGUGUAUCUGUGAUGUACCGGAGAAUUUCCACUGCCGCGCCUGCGAGAGGGGAAAGGAGAUUUGGAGUGCACCAUGCUGACCCUAGUGAACCUGUUUCCCAUCAAAGGGAAAGAAAAAAAGAGAAAUGUUUUCCGAUGUGUCUGUGCUUUUCCAACGGCCAAGCUUUUUCCGAAGCUAGUUUCAGGUCUUUCGUGUGGAUUGUGAGACCUGGCAACCCUCGUGAAACUCGAGGCAGGACUGUGACUGUGAACGUUGUUGUUCUUCAUAAAGAAAUCUGCCUUGUAGUUCUAAAGCGUCUUCUUUCGUACCGGUCGUCAUCGACGGUCGUCAUGACGUCAUCUGUUUUAAGGGCCUUCAGAUAAUCUUCCUUCUUCAGAGGUCUUGCGUCGAUAUGCAAAUGGUCAUGACGACCCCUUCGUUGUUGCCAGUGUUACCAACUUUUUCAGGGGCAAGUGGCUAACGCAUGCUUAAAAAGUUACCAGAAGUCUCCAGAUUUGCAUAUUCAUUGGUUCGUCAUGACCAUUUGCAUAUUGACGUAAGACCUCUGAAGAAGGAAGAUUAUCUGAAGGCCCUUAAAACAGAAUAAAGUUUUGAUCAGAAUUGAAAAUAAUAGAUUAUACUUUAUUUCUUCUAGAAAGAAGUCCAUACAUACAAAAUUGUACAGAUUCUAUCGCUUGCAGACAAACCGAAGCAGUGGUAGUGAAGAUUCGAGAAAUCGUCACGGAGAAAACUGUUACGGAUGGAUGGUUGGCUUUUAACGGUGGUGAUCUGUGAUUGGUCAUUGGGAACAGUUGUGAUUGGUGAUUGCUCCGUGGGAACGGUCGUGAUUGGUGAUUGGUCAUUAGGAUCAAUGGUGAUCUGUGAUUAGUUGUUGGAAACGAGCAUGAUCCAUGACCAGAUUUGUCCCUACAACGCCAACAAAUCUAGUGACAAAGGACAUCAUUUUGCAAAAUAAUAAUAAUGUAUGUAAAAAUGUUCAUUUUUAGAAGUUAAAAUAGCAGUUCAAACUAAAUAUAAUGCAAAUAAUUCUCAACUCAUAGGUCCACCUUUGCCUUCCGGUAUCUUCCAGCUCCUGGAUCCUCUCACGUCAAAGCGUUCAGUUUUUUGGGUUGGUUUCGAAUCGUUUUCCUAUUGAUUCCGCAUCGUCCUCUGAAUUGUUGUCUCGUCCACAUUUCAACAUCUUUAAUUUGUUCAUAAACUGUAAAAUAGAGGUACAUUUUCACUAGGGUGUGUAUACUUUUGCACUCGGCCGUGUUGCUCGCUCUCGCCGGUUACAAAGUGAAUGAGUAGAAUUCAGUAUUAUAGUCAGUACGGUCGAUGUUAGCGUGAUUGAGACCCCGAUAUGUUUUGUCGUGCUGGUUGUAGUUGAAUGAUUUGACUCAACCGUGCUGCACCGCGGCUCAUUUACCGUAAUGAUAAAGUGGGGGUUUUUUUUUUUUUUUUCUUCUCUAGCUUCGUAAGACUCAGAUAUGCGUCAGAUACGUUAUCUGUUCGCAGCAGCUGUACGGUGAAUAAGCAUGAGCCAGAAACAGUAAGAGCGUCUGUUUGCAUCGGCUAGUCUCAAACCUGAUCAUAUUCCAUCACUACUAGUCUUUAUUUUUAUUUUGCAAACAUUAGCUAACUUUAACUAGCUUGCUGGUUAGUUUAGCUAGCAGUAGUGCUUAUCUCAGUUUGCUGGUUAGUAUUACACUAGCUUUAUUACAUUCUGUAAUCCAGAAGGGAAGCUAGCUUGCAAGAUAACUCUGCUAGCUAACAUAAGAGGUAAUAAAACUAUUACUACUACUACUACUACUACUACUACUAAUAAUAAUAAUAAUAAUAAUAAUAAUAAUAAUAAUAACACUGAGCUAAAGCUAUGGCUUCUUCUAUUCAAUUCAUGAAUCAUGAAAGCUACAACAAUGACCACGCUAAAGCCGUGAAGAUAAAAAAAAAAAAAAAAUUAAUUCUCUAAUGGUUUUCUGUCGCUUUUCUACUUUUCUUUCUAUAUUUUAAGGUAAAACAGAGUGUGUGUGUGUGUGUGUGUGUGUGUGUGUGUGUGUGUGUGUGUGUGUGUGUGUGUGUGUUGCUGUAUGAAAGAUUUGAUGAAAAAAAACCCAAUAAAGCCAGUUUAUAUUAAACAAUAUAUAUUUUUAUUUUAUUGUUGUAGUAGUAGUAUUGUGAUUAUUAUUAUUAUUAUUAUUAUUGUUAUUAAUUUCCUGUCAGGUCUUUCAUAGUUGGUAAAUUAUGAUUAUGAAGCUAUUUCACAGUCAGAAGUAAAGCGAAACAGGGUCGUGUACUGAAUCCUUUCAGCUUGUACUGUUUAUCGUGCUAUUUUUAAAAACUGGAGGAUUACAUUCUGAUGUUUUUGCUAAUUUGAGAGAUGGUUUAAUGCAUACAGUCAAUCUGAUCAUGUCCAUUCAGUGUUUUGUAUAGACAGUAAGUCUGAACAUCAAUGAAUCAUCUAGUUAAAAAUUUGUUUCUAUUUUUUUCUGCUGGAAAUAAAAGGAAUGAUACGAAUGGGGAAAAACGAGCAAAAAAAAGGUGCAGCUAAGUCCAAAAUCCCAUCGCUGCGAUCGCUGCAGUUAUCACGUCGGUGUAUUUCCCUUUCCAAAACAACAAUACAUCAUUUUCAUUUUUCAUUUUCUUUGCACAUUAAAAAAAAAAGCAAUUACACAUCACCUAUAAUUUGCGACAAAUGGGGAAAAAGAGAAAUGUGAAAAGUUACCCUGAAACAUGAACAUGUGAAAAUGUAACGUGUUUAACUUAAAUGUUUUGGUAACAAUUGUUUUGUGUUUCUUAUUUAUUUAUUUAUUUCAUAAAUAUUUCAAGGACAAAAAAAUAUAAAAU